AUGAGGGCCAAAACGGCGACCGAGGCAUUUCCUCGUGCCGUGCAAUGUCAACAGGGCGGCUGCGCCGUGUCAGGCCGGUACCUGUUCACAGCGCCCAAUGCCUUCUUCGCCGGCACGCCUGAGCGGGUGUGUCUGACCCUGUUCGACGUGCCCGAGACCGGCGACCUGACGCUGACAUUCAGGAGAAGUGAGAGUAGCCCGACGUUCGCACAGCACACCCAGCAGGUGUCGGGCGUGGCGGGUGGGUCCAAGGAAACAUGCUUUGAGGUUCAAACACCAGAGCUUGACGAUUUUACCAUGUGGAUGGGUCUGGAAGUUACUUACCCAUCCGCCGUCAACUACACCAUCUCGGGAAAUCAGUACAUCUCUGUCUUACAGACAAGUACGUGUACAAGCCGGGACAGGUGGUCCGCUUCCGCGUCCUCUCCGUCAACGGGGAAACUGAGGCCGAUUUCGGAGCCGACGUCCGGGGCCGACUGUGCCGUGUUUCGAGUCAGCGGCAGUGACCUCGGCUUCGGAAAAACAUUCGACAAGCCUUACAGGCUGGAGGCCACCGCCGAACUCACAGAGGAUGGCACUGAAGUCACGAUCAAGGGGACCAAGACGUUCCUCAUAGCAUACCAGGAGCUGAACCUCGAGAUUGACCUCUUGAAAAGCGAUUAUUUCAAGCCAGGACUUCCCUUCAUUGAUUGGAUCAGGGUAAGCCACCCGGACGGCACACCAGCUCCCGGUGAGCUGGUCCAGCUGUGUUUUGAGACCCAUUGGACGACGACAGAGGACGGAAUCAGCACCACGUACGUUUGGAGGUCUUCUGCCGAUCCGGUCUGUCUGAACAUCACGUCUGACAGCAGAGGCGUGGUCGCGUUCACUGUGCCACCUCAAGAUCAGGAAAUUGAGAAGAUAUCCAUUCAGGCCACGACGCCAAAAUCGUCCAGUCUCAAUUACGACAUCACGGGCUGGUCCUCUGAGUCAGGAGCCUUUGUGCAGCUGCUUCGGCUGCCCCGCAAGGAGUUCACGUGCGGCGCUGAGGCCCACAUUGACGUCUUCUUCACGACCCGUCUGGGAUCGCAGUUCGAGCUGUUUUACCAGGUCAUGGCCAACAGCGACAUCUUGCUGGCGGACUUAGUGCCGGUGACGUUUUCCGAGGCGGUCGACGCUUCUGCACUGCAGGAGGGCAGGGUUGUUGACCUGCCCACGGUGUCCGGGCCACACCCCGUCGGUCAGGUGGCGCUCACGAUCCCAGUGACGUCAUCCAUGUCCUCGGGCUUCCAUGUUCUGGUCUACAUGGUGAUUGAUGGCGAGGUGAUCGCGGACAGCCAGUCGUACGCUGCGAAGCACUGUCUGGACAACCAGGUGUCGCUGCGCUGGUCGCCUGACCGCGUCCAGCCACGGGACACCGUGCAUCUGACGUUGACGGCUGCUCCCGGCUCGCUUUGUGGACUCGGUGAGUGGUGGGUACUCUCCGUCCCCGGGGUGACAGCCUUCUUACAGUGA